GUGUGCGCAUGCGUGGAGCCGAGCGUGUCAUCGUUACAUCGUCCCAUCCCUCCCGCAGCUUUAGUGCGGUGGUCCGGUACCCUGCGCUCCAGUCUCUGCUGCACACUGCCAUUGUCAGCGCCAAACGCGGUCCAAGCCAACGAACCCGAACCCAGGACCGAAGCUUUUUACGCACACGAACCCCGGACAUACGGUGCUGCUGUGAGACCCUCUCCUCCUCUUCAUCUACCUCUUCUGCUCCAGACCUCCCCCUCCUCAUCUCUCCUCCACCCCAGAGAGCAUGCCUCCUGCAGUGGGCGGGCCGGUCGGGUACACCCCCCCUGAGGGCGGGUGGGGUUGGGCCGUGGUGGUGGGAGCCUUCAUCUCCAUCGGCUUCUCCUACGCUUUCCCCAAAUCCAUCACGGUCUUCUUCAAGGAGAUAGAAGCCAUUUUUGACGCCACGCCCAGUCAGGUGUCGUGGAUCUCCUCCAUCAUGCUGGCGGUCAUGUACGCCGGAGGUCCGAUCAGCAGUAUCCUGGUGAACCGUUUUGGCAGCAGACCCAUCAUUAUGGUCGGGGGGUGCCUGGCCGGCUCUGGGCUCAUCGCCGCCUCCUUCUGUAACACUGUGGAACAACUCUACUUCUUCAUUGGAGUCAUAGGAGGUUUGGGCCUGGCCUUUAACCUAAACCCCGCCCUGACCAUGAUCGGUAAAUACUUCUACAAACGUCGCCCCAUUGCCAACGGCAUCGCCAUGGCGGGCAGCCCGGUGUUCCUGUCCACCCUCGCUCCCCUGAACUCCUGGCUGUACGACGCCUUCGGGUGGAGGGGCAGCUUCCUCAUUCUGGGGGGGCUUCUGCUGAACUGCUGCGUGGCUGGGUCCCUUAUGCGCCCCAUCGGACCUAAACCUCAACCACCCGCCCCCAAAGACGACGUGGAGAGCAAGAAAGAGAAGAAGACUGUUCUCCAAACCAUCAACUCCUUCAUUGAUCUCACCUUGUUCAAACACAGAGGGUUCCUGUUGUACUUAUCUGGAAAUGUGGUCAUGUUUUUUGGACUUUUUGCUCCUCUGGUCUUCCUCUCGAACUAUGCCAAAAGCAAAGACAUCAGCAAAGAAAAGGCUGCCUUUUUGCUCUCCAUUUUGGCGUUCGUGGACAUGGUCGCCCGUCCGUCCAUGGGUAUAGUCGCCAACACCAAAUGGGUGCGCCCGCGGGUGCAGUACUUCUUCGCUGCAGCGGUCCUGUACAAUGGCGUGUGUCACGUAUUGGCGCCGAUGUCCACAGAUUACACAGGGUUUGUGAUCUACGCCAUCUUCUUCGGCUUUGCGUUCGGCUGGCUCAGCGCGGUGCUGUUUGAGACCCUCAUGGACCUGGUGGGGGCGCAGAGGUUUUCUUCGGCCGUGGGGCUGGUCACCAUUGUGGAGUGUGGUCCUGUGCUGCUCGGACCCCCACUCACAGGCAGCUUCUAUAAUUACUACAAACACUACGACUACACCUACGUCUCCUCCGGCAUCAUCCUCAUCGUCGCCAGCGUCAUCCUGUUUGUGGGAAUGGGAAUCAACUACAGGCUCCUGGAUAAAGAGAAGAAGGAGGAGGAGAAGAGAGAGAAGGAACACCCGAAAGACGAGUGCGAAGCCAUGUUACCCCCCGCGUCUCCAGUCAAGUCCACCGACGAAGAGAAGGCCACACCUGCCGCGGUGACGUUAGAAGAUGUGGCCAGAAUGGACGAAGACACUGUUUAAACUAAGACUAUUUCAGACUCUUUCACCACAAAGCUCACACGAUUUUGUACAAAAAAAAAAAAAAUCUGAUUGCAAUUUUUUUUCUGACAAGUUUUGCAAUAAGAUUUGCAGUGUGUUUUUAAGAUUCAGUUCACAAUGUGCAUUUUUAAACACGUCCAGGAGUGUUGGCGUUUGAGAGAAGAUUGAAAUCUAAAGAUGCAUUUACGAUGAUGUUUGUAAAGGUCUAAAACUACAGGGUCAGCAGCUUUUAUACAGAACAAGACCCUAUGGAGACACAGGGAGGGCAUCUGACAUACAGGUACUUUUCUAUCACAUGAAUAACUACAGUUUUCACAUUGUUGAAUUCUGUGCAUUUUAACCAAGGCAAUAGUGACAUCUAGAGGGCACUGGCAUAUCUGACCUAAUUUUAAAGGUGUACUGCGUAACGUUUCCCUUGUGGGUCAGCUACCUGCUCGUCUCCAUGGAGAUGUUUCACAAGAUGGCAUGAAACUCAUCCACCUUACAUUUAUUCAAUUUGUUUUAGUAUUCAACAACCUUGAAAAACCUUCUUCAUUCUUUCUAUGAGCAGGUUUAUCUCCACAGAUCUUGUCUCCAUCUAGCUAUACAAGUAUAUAUGGAGAAGUUUAAUGCCAAACUGCGGAACAUUCCAGGUAAAGCAAUAGUGUCUCGAGGUGGACUAGUACGUAAUGAGUCCUCCACCUGUAAACUUGUAAAGUGUGUCUUUAAACACAGACUUGCAUCUGUGCUCAUUUCAAUGUUCUGGUACGAGGCCACGUCAGCUCAUCUUUUAAUGGGAUAAUUAUGAUCAAAUCUGUUUCGAUAUCCACAGAAAUCACUUGUAAUACACUUUUCUACUGUCUUUGACCUUAUCCGUGUGUCUGUGGUGAGACCAUUUGACGGUCUGCUGAUGUCAGUAGUAGGAGGCGUUUCUCUCAGGGUCGACUUGAGCUACCUGAAGUUUCAUAUGCACAAAACCUGCUUCAAAUAAUGGGAGAUUUUUGUUUUGUUUUAGGUUUUUCAAAUGAACAAAUGAUUUGAACAAAAGCAUGUUCAGUUUUAGUUUCAUGGUCUCAAAGUGAUGGUGCUAGUUUUCUUCACAGCCAAUCGUGAUGGGACUUUAUUUUUACAGUGUAGGCUACUAUUCAACUUUAGACGUCUGAACAUAUUGUAUUUUUAGUGUAUUUUGUUUUCUGAAUGAUUGAACAUAUUAUGUAUUAAUCUUGUUUGUUUGCAGCUAGAUUUUAGUAUUUCAUAACAGUUCAGUCUGUAACCACAUUUUUAAUGAAAUUACAUUAUAAUGAAGUGUUUCAAUCACUUGAUUUUUCUUUUUUUUUUGGGUAAUUUUAUCAAAAUAGACAAAAUUUUGCACAAAACUGGGACUAGUCAAAUAAAUGUCUAGAUCUUAAUUACCUUAGUAAUUUUUUUUCCACAGUGCAAAGGUUACGAAUUUCAAGUAAUUUCAACCUGUGUAGAUAUAUUUUUUACAGUGUAUGUGAAAUUUCACAUUUUAAUUGGUGACAAAUGCAUUUCCCAUGAAAUCAUCAUCACUGUUUAGCCAUAUUUUGUACUGACAAGAGUAUGAAUUUUUAUUAACAUUUUAUUUUUAGUUCAUGAUUCAUCAAAUUGUUUUAAAUUAUAAACUACAUUUUUGGUGGGUAAUAACAGAAUCACAGAAAAAUCACAAUUGUUUCUUUGUUCAAGUCUUGAUCACAAUGAUGCAAAAUAAAGCUACACUCUGGAACUUUUUUGCCAGUAUAGACGUUGAACAUGAUACUGUCAGCUGACGCUCGUGUGAAUGAGAAACUGUAACCAUUGUCUAGUAUCUUUAAUAUGUUUUGUGUACUUUUGAAUGAAACUGGAAAAUGCUCUAAUACUUUGCUUCAGCUGUGUUGAGUUUAAUCACACCUUUCAAUAUAUUUUUGUAACGGUGUUUUUGAGUUUUCAUGUCAAUGUAAAUUGCUUAAAUUUUAGCAUUUGUUUUAAAGGAUUAUAUCAAUGACCAAAAUUCUUACUCCCCUCCCAAGACAAAUAUUGAAAGCACCUUUUUUGCAGUAUUUAAAGGCAAACUAACUUUUCUGUAAGAGGGUCCACCACCUGCCUGUUUCACGGAAAUAGUUUUGCUUUUACUGGAUUGUUCCACAGUGUGGCAUUUAACUGUUCCAUGUUGCUUUUAUUCUAGCCCAGGUGUUUCUGCUCAAAAGUCCCUUUUAAAAGUCAUAUUCACACUGAGCAGGGUCGCCUCUCCACAGAUCUGCUCUGUAUCUUGGUCCGAUUCCAUCACCUACUAAAUACACUGAAUAUCAUACUGUGACACAUUCCACGAAAAGCAAAACUAUUUCCAUGGGGACCACUGGAAAAGUUCCUUAGUGUGCCUUUUUAACUGCAAAUAAGUUCAUGUAUAAUUGGAGAGGGUUUCAGUGUUUGUGCCCCAAAGUCAUUCUAAAGUUAAACCUUCUGAAGCCUUUUCUAAAGUUAAUGCAGUAUAGCUGUUUGUGAAUUAAGAAUUCUAAUUGAAGAUGAAUGUUGGUCUAGUGCAGGGUGUUGAACGGUACUGUACUGUUAAAUGCUGCAACUCAUUUUAGCUCAAAUGAACAAAUGUUUGUUUUCUAUGUCUUUAUAAGACUGAACUGAAGUAAAGGUUUUUGAAGAAAACCAAA